CCCUGACGCACUAGAAGGAACUCUUCUGCUGUUCCUUCACGCACAAACGUCGAUUCAAACAGACGAAUCUGAGAGCACGAUUAUUUUGACGCACAGCAAAGCAUUGGUGGUAGCUCUCAUGGAUUUAAACUUAGACUCUCCACCCGCUGCAGACGGUGGUGAUGCAAAAACAGCAUUUCGCAAGCCUGCAACUGAUGCAGCCAACAGGAAGUAUCGGCGCCGUUCUCCAGUUGGCGGUUCAUCUCCCUCUGAUGAGUGUCCUAUGCAUGAGCAUAACUGUAGCCCAAAAAAUUCAAGGGAACACCCUGGAAAAGUCUCUGAAUAUCAAACAAGAAGGAGAGAUGAUGGGAGGGAAUUAGAGAGGGAUUCAAACAGGAGGUAUUAUGGAAGAAGCAGUGAUUCCUACCGGCAUUCUGAUAGACAAUCCUCCAGAUGUUCGCAUGGGUACUAUAAGCACGAUGACUGCAUCAAACAUGACAAACACGCUGAUGAAGAGGAUAAAAAUUAUCAGAAGUUAUCUUCUCGUUCUGGUAGGGAGUCAAGGGGUAGUGCUUAUUAUGAUCAUAUUAAGUCAAGAGAAUAUUCAAGAAAUUUGGACAAAUAUUCUCGUGAUAAAUAUGAUGGUUCUGGAUAUAGGAACAAAGAUAAAGAUAGAGAAUCUUCAUUUCCUGAGAACCAGAAAUAUAAAGUUAAGGACUCAUCGUCUCAGAGAGUUGGAUCUGGCAGGAGACAUGGACAUUUUGAAGAGAUGGAAAGGGAACGAGACAGGCAUGCAUUGGACAGAGAUGUUCAGGAUGAGAAAAAGGAUUACCGUAGGAAUUCAGGUGAUUAUAUAAGUGAACAGAUUUUCUCAUAUGAAGAGUCCAAGGGGCAACGAAGUGACUCAAUUUCCAGGAGAGAUGAAGGUAAACAUCGCAUGAAAGAAGGUUACAAGAGUGAAUUAAAGGAAUUGGAUGAUGACAACGUUUCCAAAGAGCAAAGGAAGAAAUAUGAUGAUAAGGAAACUAGUUGGGGCAACAGAAUUACUAGAGAAACAUCAGAGUGGUCUGCAGAUAAACAUUAUAUAAAGAGCGAAAAUCAAGAAUCUACUGCAAAAAGACCAAAGUUAUUUAGCUCAGAGAAGGGCAUUGAUGGUCGAAAAGAUGUUUCAAAGUUCACAACUACAGCGGAUGGAAGGGAGUCUUCAAGUUCCAAGCAAGUUCAAGAAGAUGAAAUGACUACUGAAAAAACUCAGGCCAAUGAUGCGGAGGCUGCUAAUGAUAUAAAUGCUGCCAAAGUUGCUGCGUUGAAAGCUGCUGAAUUGGUUAAUAGGAACCUUAUCGGUGUUGGCCCUGUCGGAUGCAUGACUGCUGACCAGAAGAAAAAGCUGCUGUGGGGAAACAAAAAGAGCACAACAGCAGAAGAGGUUGGCCACCGUUGGGAUACAACUUUGUUUUCUGAUCGGGAAAGACAAGAAAAAUUCAACAAACUCAUGAGUCUGAGGUUGCCUUGGUGCCUAUGGCCAAUUGUAGGGUGUGAAGGGCGAAGUAAAGGUGGAACAGAAACCCGAGAACGAAGAUCAGAAGCAGAAGGAACUCCAAAUGGAUUUAGAGAAGCAGUACACUGCUGGACUGCGAAGAAGAGAUGGCCGUACUGUUGGAUUAGGUCUUUAAGCAUCCUCACAUUCCUUCGUACUGUGAAGACACCGGGAUAUUCUGUUGUACUCUUGUGCAAGAGUCACAUUUAUGAUUCUAUGCUAAUUUUCUUAUUGGGAGUUGUAGAUCUUCGCAGAAAAAUGGUUUCACAUGACAAUCUAACAAUGUGUAAAGCUAGAAAAUUCGAUUGCAAUAUGCUCGGUAUGAACUCAAGCUCCAUUUUCCUAUUGCUUUCCAGCCAUCUUAAUUCAUGUGCAUUUGUUCAUCUGUGGUCUGUUUUACUCGCUUUACAGCAACUUUGUAUGUGUGUUUGCGAGUUAGACCCUCUUACAGAAAACAAUGUUUCUCUUUGGCGUCAAGCCAUUAAGGCUUGUUUGAUAACUAUUUUGUUUUUAGGUUUUAGAUUUUGUUAGAAAUACAGAGCAAAUACUGGGGAGAAGAGAGGAUGAACAAGGGUGGAGGAAGAGUGGCUGGAAGGAAAUGG